AUGGCCGCACACUUGGAGGCUAAAACAACAGACUUACUUACUCUCUUCUGGUUCUGGACCCCGCAGUCCGAAACCUCGGAGUUCAGCUCAGAGGCAGCAGCUCUGAAGGACGGGUCCUCUUGCCGUCUCUGCCCUGCUGGUGGCGUCCUUGCUUCCCCUGCCGCCACGGCCGGCGGCAAGUCCUCCGUCUGUGCGAAGAUCGUGCAGCUGCUGGGGCAGAACGAGGUGGACCACCACCACCAGCAGGUGGUCAUCCUGAGCCAGGACAGCUUCUACCGUGUCCUCACCCCCGAGCAGAAGGCCAAGGCCCUGAAGGGCCAGUUCAACUUCGAUCACCCGGAUGCCUUUGACAAUGAGCUCAUCUUCAAAACUCUCAAAGAGAUCAUCGAGGGGAAAACCGUGCAGAUCCCCGUGUACGACUUUGUCACCCAUUCCCGGAAGGAGGAGACGGUGACCGUCUACCGCGCGGACGUGGUGCUCUUCGAAGGCAUCCUGGCCUUCUACUCCCAGGAGGUGCGCGACCUGUUCCAGAUGAAGCUCUUCGUGGACACGGACGCGGACACCCGGCUCUCCCGCAGAGUGUUAAGAGACAUCAGCGAGAGGGGGAGGGACCUGGAGCAGAUCUUGUCCCAGUACAUCACCUUCGUCAAGCCCGCCUUCGAGGAGUUCUGCUUGCCGACAAAGAAAUACGCGGACGUGAUCAUUCCGAGAGGUGUAGACAAUCUUGUGGCCAUCAACCUCAUCGUGCAGCACAUCCAGGACAUUCUCAACGGAGGGCCGUCCAAGCGGCAGACCAACGGCUAUCUCAACGGCUGCACGCCCGCACGCAAGAGGCAGGCCUCCGAGUCCAGCAGCCGGCCGCACUGACCCGCCCCGGGCCCUGCCCCGCUCCCGGGCACGGCGGCGGCAGGGGCUCGGCCGUCUGUACAGACGCUUUCCUAUGACUCUGCUUAUUUAAGAAAACAACACGGGAAAGAAAUGCCUUUGAUCUUGAAAUGGAACUUGACCCCGAGCUUACACGACGAACUGUGCCAACUACCACUGGUGAUGCCUAAUCAUGCCCACCUGUACCAGUUACCAAUACACACGCAUAUAUAAAAGGAUCUAUUUUUGUGUAAAUGUACAAAAUCCUGUAAAGCUGGUUGCUGCUGAGUGUUUUGCAGGAGGGCCCGCGCUGAGCUUCCCCGGGGCAGGUGGCCCCUGGCAUCCAGGCGGGCGGGCUGGCCUGUGAGGUGGGAGCACGGGGCUCGUGGCCCACGCUGAGCGCCUGCCGAGUGCACUGCUUGGAGCUGCAGCUUACUGACAUGUCGAUGAGAGAGACUUUUUUUUCUUUUGAGUUGUAAUUAGGCAAGACCUCACCCGAAAAAUCAAACUCAGGGAAGGGGCCCUUUCCAACGGCCCACCCUCCGCCCACCCCUGGCUGCUCAGAUGGCGGCAUGAUGCCUCCCUCACUCCCCCGUGACUCGGUCUCCAGAGCCAGAGCUGCCUGUCCCUCGUCCCUGGUGGGGAUCUGACUCCCCAGGCUUUUCCCAGACUGAGGGGCGCACAGCGGUCCCUUGCAAUCCGGGUGCUGAAGAGACUUCUGCUGGCAGAAGGGCAGCUGGCAGCCCCUCGCAGGGUGGCGACAGAGCUCUGCCCGCGCAGGGCACAGUGGCUUUGUCCCCGAGAUGCGGGGAUUUGCAGUGAGAUGGGGUGGCACACACCUUAGGCAGCGUCAUCGCUGGCGGCAUCGCAGAUGGGCUGCCUUUCGGGUGUGGCAGCGCUGGGCGUGGGGGGAGGCGGGAAAUGGCAUUUAGGUCCUAAGCUGGAGUCUCGGGAUGAAAGGCUUGGGGUGGAGAAUUCCGUCUUCCCCGGGGGCUUCCUCUUGGCGAAUAUGAGUAGCUUUGGAAGAAGCAGGUUCUUGGACUCUGGCAGGAGGGGGUGCAAGAAGUGGGGGGAACAGUUGAGGUCUGAUUAGAGUCCACGCCCCAGCCUGUAACUGCCCGAGACAGCCUCCCUUUCUCAGUUGCCACACCCUCAGCUUGUCUUCCACAGCUGCCCUGCCUGCGUGUUCCGGUGGGCCCUGCCCUUCCCUUCCCGAUGCUGCCGAGCCCAUCGGAGCCAUUCAGGUGCAUCUGCCACGUGCCCCGUGAGCACCAUCCAUGUUGACCCCCCUUUUCUGGACCUGAUUUGACUCUAAUUCUGUUUUGCUGUUUCAAACCUAAACCCCAACAGAGCUUUGCUGCCCCUGAGACAGUGGGGAAACGGGUCACAGGCCUGAGGGUGCUCCUGACCCCGCAGCCGCCUGGUGGGGUACGGGCUCCGAGGGCUCCGGACGGAGGUGCUGGGUUUCAGAAUCAGUGUUCAUUACCUUUCCCAUCCUGCCUUGCACGGCUCUGAGGUGAAGGGUAGAGGGCAGGCCUGUGCCGGAGCCGUGGCCUCUCCGUCAGCGGGUAGCACCCUCAACUUUACUUGAAGCUCCCAGGUGCCAAACCAUUUAGUGCCUUGGCUGUGGGUCCCCCUGCCUUGGAAGGUGGGCUUUCCCAUCUCAGCCUUGACUCCGUAGCCGCCUCGUCCACCCAUGGUGUGGGGGCUAAGCCGCUGUGGGCUGCCCGGCCUCCUGGUAAAACCAUCUCCAGUUCUCAGUGGCUCUGCUGGGGGCGCCGGGCCACACUCGCUGGCGGUGCUGACCAUGGCCCGGUUCUGAGAACCCUGUGUCCUGGGCCAGGAAAGGGGAAGCCCUGCCGAGCCCAGCAUUUAGCCAACUGAGGCUGAACUUGAGCUUCUGUAGGACAGAUCCUGGGCUGGCAUUCGAGAGCCGCUGGGUCUCUGAUCGCACUGGAGAGUCAUUAGGCCACGACCGCGUCAUCUGGUAUCUGCCCUCCGGGACUGGCAGCCGCGAGCAGUGGGUGAUGCUGGUCGUGCCCACGGGCAUCUUGGCUUCAGAGCCCCAUGGUGCUGGCUUCUCCCUCUGCACGUCCUCCCACGCAUUGUCCGCAGACCAGGCGAGUGAGAAACGGGCAUGAAGCCUCAGCCGCCCCGGGGAAGGCCUGGCCCCGCACUCCCUCAGGCUCACGGAGCUCCUGCUGCGGCCUCCUUUGUGGGCAGCCCGGCCAGUGGGAGCAGAGGUGGGGGCGGUGUGAGGAAGUGCAGGUGCUGACCUCGGGUGUCCUGUGGGGAGUGGGUGGCGUGGCCCUGGGAGACCACAGGAGCUCGGAGGCCGAGGGCGGUGACGGGAGGGUCUCCAGCGGCCCCGUUAGAACAGCGGCCCUGCAGUGCCACUCUGCUCCGCUCCCGGCUGCAUGGCCACUGGCUUCCUGUCCCCUGGGCUCAGUUGGACACUUGUCUGGGUGCCAGUGGGUCACCAGUCUCAGGCCACUGGGUCAGGCUGCAGGCAGGUGGGGAGUGGGAGGAGCUGGAGCCCAGCCGGUGGAGGGUCACCUGAGUGCUGGGUUUGGCGGGGGGCGGGGGAGGGCAGGCUCUGCCCUUCACCCCGUUCUCUGGGUGGUGGGACAAGGGAGGGCGUUGCUGGGCUGAGUGGAGCUCAGAGCCCCCUUUGAUCUCUGGCCCUGCCUCCCUCGCAGCUGGGCAGGUGGGCAGGUGGCGGAGCCCAGCUGGGGAGGGACUUGGGCCUUUUUCUUUGAGACGCUUACUCCCCCCUCUGCCUCCUAACUGGGUCUCAAUUGUUCACAGUUACAGGUAUGGCCACACGCAAUGUACUUUGUUGUAAAUAAAGACUGAACAGAAAGCCA